CAGCAACAUCUCGAGGCAGUGAACCCCCAGCUAUUCGGGCGAGCCUACGUUAUCCUGUUAAUCACGCCUUCCACCCCAACCUCUACUCCGAAGCAUCCUCAAUCCACGAGAUGGCCGACUCCUCAGCUGCUUGGCCGGUGGCGGACAGCGCGCUUAGCCAGGAAAUCCUCGACCUGGUCCAGCAGGCAAGCCACUACCGCCAGCUCAAGAAAGGCGCGAACGAGGCAACCAAAACUUUGAACAGAGGCAUUAGCGAGAUCAUCAUCCUUGCAGCGGACACAACACCACUCGCCAUCCUGCUUCAUUUGCCUCUUCUGUGCGAAGACAAGAACACUCCCUACGUCUACGUGCCGUCGAAGAUGGCAUUGGGCCGCGCCUGUGGUGUCUCGAGAGCCGUGAUCAGCUGCAGCAUCACCACCAACGAGGCCUCUGAGCUCACCGCCCAGAUUCGUGCGCUGAAGGAUAAGGUCGAGCGCCUGAUGAUCUAGUGGAUAGUUCACGAUUGGGUGGGAUGUCGACGGAAGGUGGUCACAGUUGAAAACAGCCGUCAAGGGCCUCAUACCGGGUUCGCAACCACAGUAGCUUGGAAAGCGGAACGGACACAGCGUAAAUGCCUGAGCCUUGAAAGGGAAUGCAGCAUUUGCAGGUCAUUGACCGUGCUUGACAAUGAUGUUGAACACGUACUAGAUCAGGACAUUCACGUCCUCUCGUGGUUUUCAUUUCGGCCCAGUUGAAUGUGAAGCGGUCGGAGAGCAGUCCCGCCAGGUGACUACUACAUGCGUGCCAUUUUCGUGAUAUUGGUGAAGCUCAUGAGGAGAACCACCGCGUCUCCCGAAC